AUGAUAUCCAGUCAAGAGGGUCUGUCGGGGGUGGCCUUGAUCACAGGGGCUGGCUCAGGGAUCGGCAAAGGAACUGCUUUCUCCUUUGCGUCUGCCGGCUGCCAGCGAUUGUUUCUCGGGGAUGUCAAUCUCCCUGGACUGGAGAAAACCGAAGCAGAGCUCAAGGCCGAGUUUCCGGCGGUUGAUGUGCGCAUUCACAAAGUUGACAUUUCCUACGAGCACUCGGUCGACGCAUUUGUCGAUGCUGCCGUGGCCGCCUUUGGUCGGGUCGACUACGCCUGCAACAUUGCCGGCUGGGCGCCACAGCGCGAGCCCAUUGCGGAGGUGCCUGUUGCAACGUAUGAUCGGGUAGUCAACAUUGACGAAUAUGGAACAUGGCUUUGCCACCGGGCCGAAAUCCGUCAGAUGGUGAAGCAGACCCCCCUUCCCGGUGCCGGCUCCGUGCGCGGAAGUAUUGUGUCGGUGGCCUCCCUGUCCGGCAUCAACGCUUCUCCGGGCAUGAGCACCUACUGCGCCGCCAAGUUCGGCACCGUCGCCAUCUGCAAGUCGGAUGCCCUGGACUAUGGGCCCCAAGGCAUCAGGGUCAACGUGGUAUGCCCUGGUUUGACCGACACGCCACUCUACUGGUGGAAUACUCCUGACACCUUUACCGAGAUGAUGAUCGGACGAACGCCCCUGCGCCGCCUGGGCACGGUGGAUGAUCUGGGGAAGGCGAUUCUGUGGCUGUCAAGCCCGAAUGCCGCCUUUGUGACGGGAGUGGUGGUUCCGGUUGAUGGGGGGCUCGUCCUUCAGCGAAGGGGGAUGUGA